AUGGAGAUCGCCGGUCACAGCCAGCCUACUUUCGAUAGCCCAAAUUCCUCAGAUCACACCGAAAGCAAGCGAUACUGUGCGGAGAGAUACCGUACAGAAGAAGAAAUUUAUAUUGCUGGAACAACCUUCGCAAGCAACCGCUUGGAGAUGAGUUCGGAUUCGGAUUUUAAGCCAAGGAUUUGGGCUUUGUUGGCAUUUGGGUCACUCUUGAUGGUGAAUAUCGGAGGUCACUUUCCUACAGGGAAGUUCAUGCCUUUGAUUGCCGCUGUUGGGUGGUCCUCGCUAUACAGGUUCUUUUUUGCGGGCCGUGGUGAUAUUAUCACGGUGACCCUUAAGGCCAAUCCUCACAUGUCUUUAGGCGAGAGUCGCUCGGAGGGUAAAGGUAGCGCUCCGGCUUCUGUUCUAAUGGUGGGCAACGGAGUACUGGCAGUCGAGAGGAUAACGUCCUUGCCUUUGAAAGGAGGCAAGGACGUUAUCCUCUCGGGUACCAGAUUCCGUUCUCCACCAGGAAUUACAGCGUCGCAGCGGUGCUUGGACCCAACUCGAUUUACCACAGCACCACAGUUCCAGUCGCCAGGCCAACAGUCUUCGUACCCGCUUUUACACUUUUCUGCUCCCACGCCUUUACACUUUUCUGCUCCCCCGCCUUCCCCCACAACUACCAGGAAGGAAACCGCCCACUCUCAGACUUUCAAAAGGUAUUUAGCUUCUUUGCUUGAUAUGUGGACAUGGCUGAUCAUUCUUUCUCUUCAAGUCCAAUCCAUGCAAAGAAGCGCCGAAACAAUGGUUACUACCGCUGUUAUCCGCGUCUCUCGUCCCCACCUAUCAUCAACUAGAGAGACACCCCCCAGUGCUUCAACACAAUCGUCUUCACAUUCGCGCAUUGCGCACACCACUUCAAACAACACCACCACCACCGCAACCACCAUCGAUACGCUUCAUCGCACCCUCCACAUAUCUCCGGCACAGACCCAACAGGCCUCAGCUCUGGAUCAAACCAACAUGUCUCAACUCACGGAGGAUAUGGAUAGGUUUUUCAACCAAUAUGUCAACGACGAUGCCUAUGCCAAUGACAUGAACAUGCCUAUCAAUGACUCCGAUGUAAGCGUACCUGAGGAUGCUAUUGACUCUGGUCUCGAUGUCCAUGGCGCCAAUAAUGACAUCGAACUUACCGAGGACGAAAUUGACAUGGUACUAUCACAGUACCCAGAGUAUAUGUGCAAUUACAACGAUUUGAAUGCGCAAAAUGGAAUGGUGUCAGACGAGGAUCAAAACUGGGUAUCACCACCACAAAACAACUUCUCGGCACACCCUGUGAGCCCUACAAACACCGACUCAUCCUCCUACUCACAACAACCUUUUACCCCCCAAUCGUGGGAUUCACCGACAUACGAUCAGGGUCUAUUACAAUACUCUCCCAGCACCCCCUCACCAGAUUCCUCCUACGAGACGGAUUUCGAAAUGAUGGUACUCAACCCAAGUCCCGCUCAGACCCCAUCGCCCGCCUACAAUGUAGUGCCGGCUCCUUCCGAAAACUGGGUGCUAGAUUCGCCUUUCAACCCGAUCAACAGCACGCCCACAUCUCCGGGUCUACAAACACCCUCCACUCCUCUGACUCCGGAUCCCUCCCCUCCUUCCCCUACCACUUCAUCCAAGAAACGCGAUAGUAAUAGCAAUGGUCCUGGAUGCCUCCCCAAGCCUCUCAAACCCAAACGCCGCCCCUCAAACCACUCCGGAAUUGUGAAGCCACUGCGAUGUGAGUUUCCAGGCGACGCCGAUUCUGGGCCAUGUAAUAAAGAGUUCGACCGCAAAUGCGACUUGAAGAAACAUGCCAAGCGUCACGUCAAGCCAUUCCCUUGCAGAUUCGAGGGUUGCAAGAACAUCCGUGGAUUCUCAUCCGAGAAGGAUCGCGAACGGCACGAGAAUUGUCUCCACAAGAAGGAGUGUCUCAUGUGCACAGAGUGUAAGCAUGAAACACCUAGAAAGGACAACAUGAAGGAUCAUGUAAGCAGAAAGCAUGGGAAGCAUGUUGUGGAUGAGAUCAUGCGCCGCAUCAUGGCUGCGCCGAGGACAAGUCCAAGGCCUGAUGGUGAGGAUUCGGGGGGGGAGGAGCAGCAGUAG